GGAGCCAUGUCUCCUGCCAUCGCGCUGGCCUUCCUGCCACUGCUGGUGACCUUGCUGGUGCGGUACCGACACUACUUCCGGCUUCUGGUGCGCACCGUCUUGCUGAGGAGCCUCCGAGACUGCCAGUCAGGCCUGCGGAUCGAGGAGCGGGCCUUCAGCUACGUGCUCACCCACGCACUGCCUGGGGACCCUGCUCACAUCCUAACCACACUAGACCACUGGAGCAGCCACUGCGAGUACCUGAGCCACAUGGGGCCUGUCAAAGGGCAGAUCCUGAUGCGGCUGGUGGAGGAGAAGGCUCCCAACUGUGUGCUGGAGCUGGGCACCUACUGCGGGUACUCCACUCUGCUUAUUGCCCGGGCUCUGCCCCCCGGGGGGCGCCUCCUCACCCUGGAGCAGGACCCGCGUACCGCAGCAGUGGCUGAGAAGCUCAUUCGCCUGGCUGGCUUCGAUGAACGCACGGUGGAGCUCAUUGUGGGUAGCUCGGAGGAGGUGAUCCCGCACCUGCGAAGACAGCACCAGCUGAGUCGGGCCGACCUGGUGCUCUUGGCACACCGGCCCCGCCGUUACCUGCGGGACCUGCAGCUGCUCGAGGCCCAUGCCCUGCUGCCAGCUGGUGCCACAGUAUUGGCGGACCACGUGCUCUUCCCUGGUGCACCCCGCUUCUUGCAGUACGCCAAGAGCUGUGGCCGCUACCGGUGCCGUCUCCACCACACUGGCCUCCCAGACUUCCCCGCUAUCAAGGACGGCAUAGCCCAACUCACCUAUGCAGGGCCUGGCUGA